AUGUACCGAUUGACCAAAAGAACUCUUGCCACGGCCAUAAAGGACCCCUACAAUGCCCUUAUACUGUCACGUGCCUCCCCAAAACAAGGUGAAGGUCCUCUUGCUCCAUGGACCUAUGUUGUCAAGGACAAUAUCGCCACUACAGAGGAGCCCACUACAUGUGCAUCUGCGAUUCUUAAGAACUAUUAUAGUCCUUUUGACGCUACGGUGGUGAAGCUUCUAGAUGAAGCGGGUGCUACGUUGGUGGGGAAAGCCAAUUUGGACGAGUACGGCUUGGGCUCAUCUAAUACCAAUUCUGCAUUUGGCCCAGUGAAAAACCCUCUCUAUGAAGAGUUUCGUGUUUCUGGAGGUUCCUCUGGAGGCUCUGCUGCUGCUGUAUCUGGAGGGCUUUGUGAUUUUUCCCUUGGUACCGAUACCGGUGGUUCCGUUAGACAACCUUCUGGUUAUUGUGGUAUUCUUGGCUUCAAGCCUACUUACGGGCGUAUAUCAAGAUGGGGUGUGGCUGCAUACGCCCAGGGCUUCGAUACGGUGGGUAUCAUGGCUCGGGACUUUGCAGUUAUCAGGAAAACGUUUGAUGUGAUAGACAAGUAUGAUGAAAAAGAUGUCACGGCAAUGCCGCCAUGGAUACGAAACAAGUUUGGUGCAGCGCAUCUUCCGAAGAAGCUUCGUAUUGGUGUUCCUCAUGAAUUCUUGGUUGGCGAAUUACUGGCAGAAACAAAGAAAGAAUAUGGAGCUACGUUGGCGAAUCUUGUCAAGGCAGGCCACUCGGUGAUGCCUGUUUCUUUACCCACCAUCAAAAAGUCGCUUCCAGCAUACUAUACAUUAGUUUCAGCCGGUGCAGCUUCCAGUCUUUCCCGCUUUGAUGGUGUUAGGUAUGGUGUUUCCGUGGGACCCGAAUACCCUGAGACCAUCAUUCCCGAAAAUAGAUCGCAUGGACUUGGAAUGGAAGUGAAGCGUAGAACGCUUUUGGGAAACUUCACACUUUCUAGUGAAUCUGGAGACCAUUUUGUGCGUGCUACAGGGAUCCGUCAACACCUUGUGGAGGAAAUGAAUGAUGUGCUCAACUUCCCCAACCAUUUACUUAAUACUCCCGAGAACCCAGAUGGUGUCCACGUUUUAGUUGCACCUACUGCGUUUGGAGAGGCCCCUACGUUGGAAGACUACAAGCUGGCUUGCUCUUCGAGUCUUGUGAAUGGGUACAUUGACGAUAUAAUGACGAUCCCAGCAUCGUUAGCGGGAUGUCCGUCGAUAUCGGUACCUAUGCGGAACCGCAGGUACGGGAUCCAAGUGAUGACACAAUACGGCUACGACCGUUUCCUUCUCAAGGCUGCAGAGCUCAUUGAAGCACACAAGUGA